AACAUUCCUGAACAAAUUGAGCCUGAGAUGCAUGAUCAAUGUUGCAUCUACAAGGUUCCUCACCAUCUCCAUAAACUGAAUGUGGAAGCCUAUACACCAUAUUUCAUCUCAAUAGGCCCUCUUCACAGUGAAAAGCCAGAGCUGAAGCAGGAAAAACUGAAGCAGAGGUAUUUUCAUGCCUUCUGGAAAACUUUAUCUCAGAGGCAGUCUUUAGCUUUGUCAAAGUAUAAAGUCUUCCUUGAAGAGAACAAAGAAAAGAUAGGGAACUCUUACUCCGAGCCAGAACUCCACAAGAAUGAAAAUUUUGUGGACAUGAUCCUGUUAGACUCAGUCUUCAUCAUGGAACUGUUUCUGAGAAAAGCAAACAAAUCUGAGCAGAAGAAUGAUUUGAUGUUCACCACAUCAUGGAUUUGCAAGAUGACUCAACGUGACUUGUUACUGCUAGAAAACCAGCUUCCCAUGUUUGUGUUGGAGGAGUUGCACACAAGGGUCAUCCUUGGAGAUAAUGGCACCAAGGAAAACUGUCUCAAGUUCACUGAACUUGCCUUUAACUACUUUGAAGACUAUUAUCCACACAAGUCAAUUCAAAAGGUGGAGAUGAUCAAGAAUUGUGAAUCUUGCUUAAACUUCACUGAUUUGAUCAGAUACACUUACCUUCCUAGACAAAUCCAGGUUCAUAAGAACUCAUCACAACAUUUCACUCCUUGUGCUGUGGAAUGUGUUCUGAGGACUGCAACAAAGUUGGAUGAAGCAGGUGUUAGUUUUGAAACUGUUGAAGGUAGGAACUAUUUGGAUAUAAAGUUUGAGAAAUCUCCAAUUCUGAGCUGGUUCUUGUGUUUUGGUUGCUUACCAUUCACUGAAUGUUUCAAAUCUCGUUUGCAAAUACCCCAUUUGAAGGUAGACCAGGUGACAGAAUGUAUAUUAAGAAACCUCAUUGCUUUGGAGCAGUGCCACUAUUCAGACCAGCCUUUCAUAUGCAACUAUGUGAAUCUAAUUGACUCCUUAAUUCACACUCAAGAUGAUGUAGAGCUUUUGGUGGACAGAGAAAUAAUUGUGCAUGAACUUGGCAGCCACAAUGAAUUAGCAACAAUGAUAAAUGGUCUUUGCAGACAUGUUGUUGUGACUUCAAAUUAUUAUGGCAGAAUCACAAGGGAACUCAACGAACACUACAACUGCGGUUGGAAACACUACAUGGGUAUGCUGAAGUCUGUAUACUUCCGUGAUCCUUGGAGAUUCAGUUCAACUAUCGUGGGAAUUGCUGUGUUCUUGUUUGCUGUUUUAAACUUUCUAAGGGUCAUUGGUGUGCUUCGACCAAAAUAUUAAAAUUGAUAUGAUCUUAGAAUUUUGCCACACAAAUGCUAACAACUGAGAUUGAAAGAUAGGCAUGCUUGUUUUUUUAUCAGACUAUCAAUUCUGUGUUCCAACUAUGAGAUCGAUUUCUUUUUCCACGAUUAA